AUGUUUCACAAUAACAGUAAUAAUAGUAACCAAAUGGUUAUUAAAUUUUUAUUGAUUCUUUGUUUAUCAUCAUCACCAUCAUCAUCAUCAUCAUUUAUAUCAUUAUUGUCUAUGUUUAUUUUCAAUUCAUGUGAAGCAUAUUAUUUACCAGUGAAAUAUAAUUUCGAUCAUGAUUUAAUUGAUUAUUUAACAAAUAUGAGUGAAUUAAAAUAUUAUCCACGUCAAACAAGAUCAUUUUACUCACGAGAAGAACUGGCACGUUAUUUAAAUCAUAUGUUACAAGAAGAAGAAGCAUCUAUGAACAAACUGCCAAUUUCUCCUUUGCGAUUUGGAUAAUAAGGUUAAUG